AUGAACAAGAUUAUCCCACCUCCUUGCUACAGAAACUCUGUACUUGUUUUCCACAGUCAGGGUGUCUUGUGGACUUCUUAUAUGGAGUUUCCGGAGCUCAGAGAAGGGGGGACACGGUGUGGGGAUUGGGAUUGGGGUAGGAGGGUCCCAAAGGCAUCUGGUUCUCCACCAGUGCCGGUUAUGCAUUCUCCACCUCGUCCUGUGACCGUUAAGGAUCAGCAGGAUUGGAAGAUUCCACCAUGUAUUUCAAACUGGAAGAACCCUAAGGGGUAUACAAUACCUCUUGACAAACGUCUGGCUGCCGAUGGUCGGGGGCUUCAGGAUGUUCAAAUUAAUGACAAUUUUGCUAAAUUGUCAGAGGCCUUGUAUGUUGCCGAGCAGAAGGCAAGAGAGGCUGUUGCAAUGAGGUCAAAGGUUCAGAAAGAGAUGAUGAUGAAAGAGAAGGAGAAGAAAGAGAUGGAGCUGCGGGAGUUGGCCAGGAAGGCGAGAUCAGAGAGAACUGGUGUUGCUCCUGCUGCUGCAGCGCAAAUGCCUACUGAGAGGGGUGCGAUCAACAGUGAUGAGAUGAGUGUUGAUUAUGAGCGUGUGAGAGAUGCCCCCAAGGAGACAAAGGAGGAAAGGGAGGAGAGGUUGCAGAGGGAGAAAAUCCGUGAGGAGAGGCGUCGUGAGAGGGAAAGGGAGAGAAGGCUGGAGGCGAAAGAUGCUGCAAUGGGGAAGAAGAGCAAAAUUACUAGGGAUAGAGAUCGUGAUAUCAGUGAGAAAGUCGCUCUUGGAAUGGCCUCCGCUGGAGCUGGGAGAGGGGGUGAAGUUAUGUAUGACCAGAGAUUGUUCAACCAGGAGAAAGGGAUGGACUCUGGUUUUGCCACCGAUGAUGCUUACAACUUAUACGAUAAGGGCCUAUUUACUGCUCAAUCUACUAUGAAUACUCUGUACAGACCAAAGAAGGAUGCAGAUGACGAGAUGUAUGGAGGUGCGGAUGAACAGCUGGACAAGUUAAUGAAAACUGAUCGUUUUAAGCCUGACAAGGCAUUUACAGGAACAUCUGAAAGAACUGGCCAAAGAGAUAGGCCAGUUGAGUUUGAAAGAGAGGCUGAAGAAGCUGAUCCGUUUGGUUUGGAUCAGUUUUUGACGGAGGUGAAGAAAGGGAAGAAGGCCAUGGAGAAAGUUGGUACUGGAGGAACCCUGAAGGCUGGUGCGGGCUCGAUGCGUGAUGGUUUUGAAACAUCUGGUAGAUCACGCAUUAAUUUUGAGAAGGGCCGGUAAAUGUGUUGAGAAUUGGCAGAAGAAAGGUCCUUUGUUGGUUCUGCCGGUGUCAUUUUAGUCCCAUGUUAUGGCUACUGUUUCCAGUGUAUGAUGUGUUGUGUUAGCUUGGAUUUUAUUCUCAUAUUAGCUGUCUUAAAAUUCUGUGAUCUCUUAAUAUAAUUGCGCUACUUGGGGUUCAUGUUCAAUUUGUGGAGAAGAUGGUAGACAGACCGUACAUUCUGCUUUGCUGUUCCUCAUGUUUUGAUAUCAGUGUCUUAUUAGCAUUUCUUUAAUUA